AUGCGACUCACGCCUCUCCAUGUGGCGGUGCUGUCCCACAAUGCCCUGCUGCAGGAGCUGAGCCGUGGCCCUCCGUCCGCUCAGAGUCCGGCUCUGCUGCAGAAGAAGAAGCUGCUCUCUGAGUGUGUCAGCACUCUGCUGCUGAUGGGCGCCUCGCUGGAGGCCAAGGACUGUAAGAGUGGCCGCACCGUUCUGCAUAUGGCCGCCGAAGAGGCCAACGUCGAGCUGCUGCGCCUCUUUCUGGAUCAGUCCAACUACUUCUUGCUCAUAAAUGCCAAGGCAUUCAGCGGGAACACGGCUCUGCACAUGGCCAGUGCUCUGCAGGGCCGGCGAGCUCAGCUGGACACGGUGCGACUGCUGCUGAGACGAGGAGCCGAUCCCAGCGCCAGGAACCUGGAGAACGAGCAGCCGGUCCAGCUGGUGCCCCACGGGCCCCUGGGAGACCAGGUGCGUGGGAUCCUGAAAGGUAAAGGAGCGCAGUCCCGCUGGUGAGAAUCGCUGUCAGUCAGGCAGCCGUCUGUGUACACAUUCAUUUGCCGCCGCAGGCAGAUGUCGGUUGUUUCCAUGAAACAGUCUUAUUGUUCACUACUGAGUAGUAGACGGCACAGGAACGUGAGAGCAACGCUUCAGAGAAGCCUGCAGACAUCAGAAGAGGAAUCCAGUGCUAUGAGGAAGCUAGGAGGGAUUAUUCUAUGAGCACUCACUUUUUUAUAUAUAUAUAUGAAUCUUCUCUUGUUCGUUAGCAGAUCUGAAGCGUUGCAUUUGGCUCUGGUGUGUAAAAGUUUGUCAAUAUAAUCUCUAAACAAUCAAACUAUAUUCGUAUUAAUAUUAUUAUUACUCUGCUGUGUGUUUUGUCAGAAGGUUAAACAGGAGAUGAUGAUCAGUAACUUUAAAUCUGUUGAACCAGAACGUCCUGAUUGUUGACUUCAGGCGUGUUAUUUUGAGACUUUCGUUCAUUGAUAAUUAACUUUUAUGAGGUCGUGCCAUUCUCCAGAAGUCCUCUGAUUAUUCAGUUUGAUUGUGACUGCUAUUCUCAGAAUCAACAGUAAAAUCCACAUAAAAAUAGGCUUAAAGGUG